AUGAAUAUUUCCUUUAUUCCUGAUAGCAGUUCCCAAGGAUCUCAGAGGAUAAGCUGUUAUCUCUCCGAUGGUGAUAACUUUUUUACUCCUUGUAUUAUUCCAGUGAAGUCUAAUAUCACUCUUCGUGAGGAUUCUAUUAUCAUCCUUCAGGAUUAUUCUUUUUAUACCUCUCCUCAUUUUGGAAAACCUAUUAUUGAGGUAUACUCUUAUCGAUCUUUUCCUGAUGUGCCCGAUACUGAUUCUGUACCUGACAUCGAUGAUAACUCCUGUGUAUUCGAUUCCAAUCCUGUGGCAAUUAUUUCUACACCAGAGAGACAACCUUCUCCACAAGGUGUGCCUCUUCUUUCUCAACAAGCAAUCCAGUACCUGCCAAUUGGCAAUCCUAUUCCUCAGAUUUCUUCUGAAUCUCCCUUAGUAUCAGGAGGCUUACUUGAUUUAAGUCCUAGAGUUUCCAGGAGUAUGACUCCAUCCAAGAGGCCUGCUUUUUCCCAAGUUCAUUUUUCUCCAGCUUCUUCUCUUCUUGCUAAGAGGACUCAUAUUGCCCCUGAGAGGCCUAUCCCAAUUUUCAAUUUGUCCUUCCAGUCGUCUUGGACCAUCAAGGGACGCGUUACUGUCAAGGGAGCUUUGGGACCUCUCAAACAUGGUGGUAACUGGUUUUAUUUCGAGCUUUCCGAUCUUUCCGGAACUAUUAAAAUUAACGCUUUUCAGGCAGAGACCGAGCGGUUUUUUGGAGUCAUAAAGCUAGGUCAUGUUUACGCUAUUUCCAAUGGAGAAUUGAAGCCAGCUAAGCUUCCUUUUAACACUACUAAACAUCUCCGUGAGAUAACUCUCAAGCAUUAUAGUAUUAUAAGGGAAGAGUUGGAUUUCCAUGAUGCUGAUUUUCCUAACGUGCCAUCCAAUUUUACCAAGAUAUCCCAUUUGAGGAAUUCCCCUAUUAGCUCAGUUGUGGAUGUCAUUGGAGUUUGUGUUUUUGUCACUCUGGUCAACAAGGGAGCUUGUCGUUCGGUUUUAAUCCAGGAUGACUCUUCCACAGAGAUUCGUCUAUCCAUUUGGAAUCUGUCACCGAAUGAUUUUAACCCACCAAUUGGUUCAAUUAUUGUUGCCAGGAGAGCCCGACUGACCCAGCAGCAUUGUGGCCUUAUUUUAACUGUUGCUGGAUGUGCCACGGUUGACGUAAAUCCAGAUCUACCUGAGGCCGUACGUCUUUUAGAUUGGUUUAAUAAUCAUGGAUCUUCUACUUCUUUUACUUCAUUAUCCAAGGGGUUCUUUGGUGAGAUAUCCCUUAUUAACUCAUUGCCUCAAUCCUUACAAGAUGAUGCCAUUAUCUAUACCAAUUUGGAGGUUAUCAUUAUUUCUGGUUGUGGUUAUGUCUACAAGGCUCACACUGUUUGUGGUCGACGUAUAAAAAUUUAUCAACGUGAUAUCCCAGUGUGUGAGAGUUGCCUUGAUACUCUUCCCCAGUUAUCAGAUCAACUUCUACUUACUUUGGGGAUUUCCGACUCCUCCGGUUCUGUCGAGGUGUCCGUUUUUACAGAUGUCGCCCUGGACCUACUAUCCAAGACUACUAAUGAUAUCCCCAAUAUUUCGGAUGCCAGCCUUUCCUUGGCAAUAGAGGGUUUUAUUGGAAAAACUUUUCAGUUGUGCAUUAAGUCUCGUAUGACCUUUUUCCAUGGUGAGCAUCAGCUCCAGCAUUCUGUCAAGUAUUUCUCAGAGAAGGUCGCUCUUGAAGUUUAA